GUAUUUACCAAUAACACAGUGAAUAAUUUUAAACGAAUGUAAAAUCCUGUCUUACCUUAUCUACAGCAACGGCUCAGUUAGAACACUUCCUGUUGCCGCGGGCUUGACGUCACGCGCGAGGACUUCUGGGAGAUUCAUGUAAUGUACGGCGCCGCCCACCUGCUCUCAUGUCCCCGCCCCUUUCCAUUGAGGCUUUUGAUGUGCGCUCUGAUUGGCUGUUUUGAACCGCGAAUCCCUCUCAACUGAACAUUCCAAGUCGCGUGGAGGAAAAGCAAGCGAGCAGCUCCAGCUUCAGCUGAUGCGCGUCCACGCACCCACGCGCGCACGCCCCUGCAGCCGAGCAGCGAAACGUGGAUCAAAUUUAGCCAACUGAAGAGAAGCAACUAGUUACUGAGACAACUAAACAAACGCAUUUAACGCUGAAUGUGGACGUGAAUCUUUCUUGUAACUGAUGAUGGCGGUUCAGGCUGGAUUGCAGGCUUGGUUUGGUGAGAAGUUUGAUGUCCCGUUACAGAGCCCUCGAAGCCUGCGGUCUCCCCGUCCCGGCCCCGGUUUGGCUGAUGUGUUCCAGUAUGACCAGUGGUUGGCCGUGCGGCACGAAGCAACGCUGGUGCCCAUGCAGGAGGAUCUCGCCAUCUGGCUCAGCGGCAUGCUGGGUGAGCAGGUGAUAGCUGAACGCUUCAUGGAGGAGCUGGACAAUGGCGUCAGACUGUGUCGUCUGGUUGGAAUUCUUCAGAGUAAAAUCCCACAGGAUUCAGAAACACAGCUGCCCUCAAAAAAAAUUCAGUUCAAGAAAAACGCCUCCCCUGGAUCGUUUUUUGCCCGGGACAACACAGCGAAUUUUCUGUCCUGGUGUCGUCAUAUAGGAGUGGACGAGACGUAUCUGUUUGAGUCUGAUGGUUUGGUUCUGCAUAAAAACCCUCGGCAGGUGUGUCUUUGCCUGCUGGAGAUCGGACGGAUCGUCUCCAGGUACGGGGUGGAGCCUCCGGUUUUGGUUAAACUGGAGAAGGAAAUUGAACUGGAAGAGAGUUUAAUGAUGACUGAUCACGCUUCUCCGGUGAAAACCUUCACCGUAUGCUGUCAGCACGGAGCGCUGUACCACGCUGAUCGUGCGGACCAGGACGACCCUCCCUGUAACUGCUCGCAGAAGUUUUCCAUUGAGUAUCUGUCUGAGGGACGCUACAGGCUCGGAGACAAGAUCCUGUUCAUCAGGAUGCUCCAUGGGAAGCAUGUGAUGGUGCGGGUCGGUGGAGGUUGGGACACUCUGAAAGGGUUUCUGCUGAAAUACGACCCGGACCGCGUGCUGCAGUUCACGACUCUAGAGCAGAAGAUUCUGGCCUACCAGAAAGGCCCGUCCGGCCCAGGCCCUGCCCUCAGCACACAGACCACGCAGCCACCCACGAUGGACCCCAUCGCAGCCGUUAACCUCCUCCCAGAGUCGUCCUCUUCAUCAUCAUCCUCAGCCUCCACGACAUCGGUGUCCAAACCCAACACACCCACACCGCGCGGCUACGCCCAAUCGCCUGCCUCCACGCCCUCCAUGCCUCGUAAGGCUGCCGCACCCAAGAAGAUCUUUCACACGCCCACUGCUUCCCCGAAAACCACCCCUCUAUCAUCGCCCGUCCCGAAAAGAAGCCCGCUUCCCCAGUCAAUCCCAACAUCUCAGAAAGUCCCUGCCGCCACCGGCUCCAAGACCAAACUGCGUCCGCGUGGAUCUCCAUCUCAACCUCGCAGUCCCGUCUGCCCUGAACCCACCUGCAAGCUGCCUAAACCUUCGGCACCGCCCGCGCAGAAACCUCCUCCCGGACCCGUACGCUCUCGGCUUACACCAAGACGCCCUCCUUCCCCUGCAUUAGAUUCCAGGAAGGGGCGUCCGAAUGACCCCAAACAGAUGAUUCCUCUCAAGAGUAAAUCUGUAGAGCAGAGCGCAGCCGGUGUCACACGAACUGCCGCGGCCGUCAACGUUAAAACAACCCACAGGAAACCUUUGGUCAGCAGUAACCCGCCCGCGGUGAGCACCACCGCCAAACCGGCACCCACGAGCACUUCCCACAAACUCACUACACGGACUAAAGCCACCAAACGAGAGGAGCCCUACUUUGAGAUGAACAAUAAGAGAAGGGUAAAGAACUGAGAAUUCUGGGAUAUGUUUCUUUUUUUUUUUAUCUGCACGAAGGGUCAAGCUUCACUUAUGCACUAUACGGAGUCAGAUACCAUAUUUAAUUUGAUUUGAAUGAAAACCAAAGUGUGGAUGUAUGUUUUAAACAUUGAAAACACGUUUUUGAAACAUUGAAAAUGUUUCUAGCAAUGGAAAACAUGAAAAUUAGACUUUUAAUACAGUACAACCUGCACGUCUGUCUUCCAGCAGUCUCGUUUUCAUUCAUAUCAAAAUUAAAUAUGCCAUAACCUGUUUUCUUUGCAUCUGUCAAAACAUUCGCCUCAUGCUUUCAUUUGUGCCAUAUUACAAAUCAUCAGGAAAUGCCUCGGAUACAUUUUACAGGAAUUAAAGGAUUAAUUCACUUCAGAAUUCAAAUGAUCAUUUUCCUGAUAAUUUACUCGCCCUCAUGUCAUCCAAGAUGUUUGUCUUUCUUUCUUCAGUCGAAAAGAAAUUAAGGUUUUUGAGGAAAACAUUCCAGGAUUAUUCUCCAUAUAGUGGACUUCAGUGGGGACCAACGGUUUGAAGGUCCAAACUGCGGUUUCGGUGCAGCUUCAAAGAGCUCUACAUGAUUCCAGAUGAGGAAUAAAGGUCUUAUCUAGCAGGACAAUUGGUCAUUUUCUAAAAAAAAAAAAAAAUUUAUAUACUUUUAACCACAAAUGCUCAUCUUGCACUGCUCUGUGAUGCACCACGCGUUACAUAAUCACGUUGGAAAGGUUACGCGUGAAAUAGGCAGAAGUACCGCAGUAGGGUGAAAAACUCCAUCUCAUUUACAAAAUUGUCCGACAUCGUUUUAUCUUUUUUUUUUUUUUUU